UCAUCCCUUCUCCCUCUUCGCCUUAGAGGUUGCAAUUCCACUGGUGUAGCACAGCAAAUACAAAGUACUCCAGUUCAGGCAAACGACAGGCAAACUAUUUAGCAUUUCACCCUCUCACAUUUCAGCACCCUCGUCUACAUGAGGAGCUCAUGCUAUAAAAGAGCAAGGAGAUAAAGACACCAUUCUCGAUCAGAACGAUAUGCGUCUCGCUACCGGACCAAACCUCAAAUACACACCCGUUUACCCACCGUUCCUCCCGACCCUCCUCAUCUGCUGUUGCAUUCUAUUCUUCUUCUACCACCUCGUUCCCUCCUUCACCACCGCAACCGACGACAUCGCCACUCUCCUCGUCGACAACCUCAACCUGCGCCCCUCAGGAAGCAAUGCCUGCACAAAGGAAAUCGGCACCGCACAAUGCUGCAGCCUCUUCCUUGAAGCCACGCCCUGCCUAGACGAAUGCAGAAAGCUCCAUGUCGACCGCGAAACACUAUCGCUCACUCUUGCAUAUGAUAAUUGCGCAAGCCAAUGCUUGGCUGAGUAUCACUCUUCUUGUCCCAGCAGCAUCGCCAGAUAGAGCAUCACGUAUGGAAAGUUAGGAAACACACAACUGCUUCGCCCACGGGGAAUCAAUCAAACCCUGCUUAUGUCGGCCUUAUGAAAAAAAAUAUAAUACGUCACAACUCAUUUAGGCCUCCC